CUUUUUUACGCGUCGGCUGCGGGUGACGUCAUUGCCGCUCGCCGCGGUGUGUUGGCGCACGAGGAGAAGAGGCAGCAUGGAUCCAGCUACGGAGUUUCCUGUGGAUCAAGGGCAGAUUAAAAAAGCAGCCCAGGCCCUCCUUGCAUUCAGCGCCAGUAAGCAAAAAAAAGCAGAGAAGCUGCUGUUGAAUGAGGACCAGCAUGUAUUUCUGAUGGUCACAGUUUGGAAAAUCCCUCCACGUGAACAAGUCAUCAAAAUAACACUGCCUCAUGAUAUUUUGCCGGCCACAUCAGAUGUUUGCCUCUUCACAAAAGAUGAGCCAGGCUUAACAGCUGAGCAGACUGAGAACUUGUACAGGAAACUCUUGUCCCAGCAUGGGAUCACAAGGAUCAGCGAGGUCAUCUCCUACAAAACACUGAAAAAAGAAUAUAAACCUUAUGAAGCAAAACGUCGCCUCCUGAGUCGAUUUUCUCUCUUUUUGGCUGAUGACCGGAUUCGGCGGCUUCUGCCAUCGCACAUAGGGAAACACUUCUAUAAGAGUAAAAAGGCUCCUGUGUCUGUGAAUCUGAAAGCGAAGGACCUCUCUAAGGAAAUAAACAAGCAUCUCCAAGGCACUAUUCUUCCAGUCACGAACAAGGGCUGUUGCUAUUCUAUACGUGUUGGUCACAGUGGCAUGGAGGCCUCGGAGAUCUCUGAAAACGUCGUUGCUGCCGUGAAAGUGUUAGCCACGAAAGCUCCCCAGAUCUGGAAAAGUGUUAAGAUCCUUCAUCUCAAGAUGAGCAAAUCUGUUGCUCUUCCGAUCUUUACCUGUAGUAAUCCCAGAAAUCCUCAGAAACAGCCAGAUGCCGAAGUUGAACAGGAAAACCAAACAAAGAAGAAGAAAAAGAAAGGGGGAAAGACAGCUGCAAAGAAGAACUUGGCUAAAGCCGGGGCGACAGGAGAAAUCAGCCAGGUUCCUGCCAUUGCUGGGGGAAAGAAGGCAGCAGUGGAAGAAGAUGAAGAAGAUGAGGAUGGAGACAUUCCACAGCUGGUUCCAAUCGAAGCAUCUCCCGGUGUGAAAAAUGAGAAGGUGCUAGAGCCUAGUCCUGCCACAGGAAAAGAAAUCAAAGCAGGCAAAAAAGCUGCAGCAACUCUAACUCUCCUUGGCAAGAGGAAGGCAUCCCCAUCUCCAGGAACGCAACUGAAAACACCUGGGGUUGGGUCGAAAUUGCUCAGACGAGACAAGAAACCCAAAACCCGAAGCUAAAACGUCUUGGAGGAGGAGCAGACAAAGACCCCAAAGAAGACAGAAGCAAGGUCUUCUGUGACCAUUAAACCAGGGAAAUUGGUCACGUCUGCCAGGAAAGCUCCUUAAACUUGAGGAAAUGCCACAGUCAACAUGACCAGCGUUGCAGCACAUUGUCAAGUUGCUUUCCUAAACAUAGGGUUGUAGCCACCAAAGUUGUCCUAUUAGCACAAGGACUUGUCCGCUCACUCUUCUGUUCUCCCGUGUGCCCCACUCCACCUCCUUCCAAACCCUCUGGAGCAGAUGUGGGGAGCGCAAGGAGAGAGGGGAGAUGUUCUGUGUCCCAACUGGAUGCCCUUGCACCAAUAGGAUGACUUUGUUGAGUACAACUUGUAAAAGUCAAUAGAGUUCAGCAGAAAAGUCACCUUGAGAAUAUGGUGGCUAUAGAGAGCCAGCAUUUUUCUUAGCAAUCUGUAAUCUUGUUUCUAACCGCUAAUACAGACCUGUGUUAUUCAGAUCUAUAUAAAGUCAGACUUUUCCUUUUA